AUGUCUUUGGUGAAAGAUGAACACAACAAAUGUCUUCGGCAGUCUUUAAAACGUUUUUACGAGGAAGAAAUGCUCACAGACGUUGUGAUCAACGUGUCGGGAAGAAAAUUCAAAUGUCAUCGAAUCAUCCUGGCUUCAUUAUCAGUUUAUUAUGAGACAUUAUUCCAUUCUCAAUUCAUCGAUGCUCAAGAGAAAGAACUCACAUUGCAAGUAGAUGGCAGCACUUUUGAAGAAGUGAUCAAUUUUAUGUACUGUCGCACAGACACUAUCAAUACCCUGAAUGCUGAAAAUUUGUUUAAAAUUGCCGAUUUCUUACAGAUUGAAUCCUUAAAAGAAGUUUUGGAGCAGCAGCUUUUGAAGGAUCUAAGCGUUGAGAAUUGCUUAGAAUGGUUCCGAUUGGCAGAUCUCUACAAUUGUCCGAGACUCUUGGAAAAAUCUUUAUCAAUGACGGCAGGAAAUUUUGGGAGUGUGUUCGACAACGAUCAGUUCUUGUUGCUAAGCAGUAACUUAAUUUGUAAUGUUUUGAGUAAAACGAACCUUAGUGUACCCUCAGAAGAGAAUAUAUUUGAAGCUGUCGUCAAGUGGUACCGUGCCGAUAUCAAGGGGAGGAAAUCCUCGUUGAGUUUCAUCUUAGAACAGAUUCGUUUUCCUCAGAUGAGUCUUGGCUAUCUGGAGAAAGUCGGGAAAGAAUCGUUCAUGAAGCCAUUGAGUAGGUUACGUUUAAUAGAAGAAGCGAAGAAUUACCAGUCAAAUCCGCAUCUAAGGUAUGUUAAAAUGAGCCCUUCAUGUAUGAAACACCCCUUAUUCCUUAAAUGA